GGCGCACGUAUAAGGGCGACCGUACGGCUCCUGCAUUCAUUCGCGCUCUGAACCGCCACCCGACUAGGCGGGGUGGCGUCAAAUACACCGUUCGACUACGACCGCGCGCAUAAGCAGCGGUUGGCGCGAGAGCAAGAUGCGGCGCGCAAGCGCAAUCUUGCUGAUGCUAGCGGCCAUCGUGCUAGCUCAGCAGUCACGAGCUUCGUACAUUGAUCCCGGCGACGACGACAUCGAAAUGACUGGCCCCGAGUAUGUAGACGACCCCAACGACCUGCAGGUGCUUCAAGAUGUUGGCAAACGUUCGUCGCUGAUCUACGUUUUCAGGCGGGCGUGCAUCCGCCGCGGCGGCAACUGCGACCACCGCCCCGGCGACUGCUGCCACUCCUCGUCGUGUCGCUGCAAUCUCUGGGGCUCCAACUGCCGCUGCCAGCGCAUGGGCCUCUUCCAGAAAUGGGGCUAACACCACGACGACCCGACCGCCGCUUUUUAACUGGACCCGUUGCGUUUUUCAUAUCUUUCCGAUUCAAAACAGGGAUGUCGAUUUUAUUUCGGAUUUUGGACCACUAUAUGACGUUCUGUUCUCUCACCGUCUCUAAUUGAGCCGAGUGUCCGCUUACUUGGUUGGGCAAUCACCCAGCCUUAUUGCCUAAUCAGUACGCCACGACGCUAAGCUCGGCCAAUUAGCCGCGGACUGCGGGCAGCGCGGGUUCUUGGUGCCUUUUCAGUUAUUUAUUUUUCACCAACGUACCCGGCUACUUGCAGUCCAUUCUAUCGCUAUGUAUGUAUGUAGAGUUAAGUAUAUGUAGAUCUGCUAAUUGGUGGUAAACUUAUGUCAAUAGAAGAGUAGCAUAAAUAUAGACACUUUAACUUUUAAAUGUUCUAGUCAUAUAAGAGACUUAAAACUUGGUGAAGGACGCUAUCGUAAGCCUUUAUAAUAUCGCCAUUUGUAUUUGCGAUUGGCAACUUAGAUUUUUAAAAUAUCUAUAAAUGUGUCAAAAUAUAAUUCUUAUAAUUAAUGAACGAAUCUUUAAUGUACUUGCGACUCUCGGACAGGGGGUAAUAUAGAAUUGCAGCGUAGACGAAUCUUCUGUAUGUAGAUUCCUAAUUUAUAUGUUGCUCUAUCGGGUGACCCUAAUGAUAAGAAUAUGAAAUAUGGAAAAUGAUAUAUUAUACUAAUAAAUGUUUAUGGAGAA